GAAGCAGCUGCAGCAGCGAUGGCUCUCAGCUUCACUCAGGAGUAUUUUCACAUCCCAGCGGUGACCCGAGCGUACACGACCGCCUGCGUCCUCACCACCGCUGCCGUGCAACUCGAGGUCGUCGCCCCCUUCCAGCUCUACUUUAACCCCGACCUCAUCAUCAGAAGAUACCAGAUAUGGCGUCUCAUAACCAGCUUCCUCUUCUUUGGUUCCCUUGGAUUCAGUUUCGUGUUCAACAUCAUCUUCCUUUACCGAUACUGUCGGAUGCUGGAAGAAGGCUGCUUCCGGGGCCGGAGGGCGGACUUUGUUUUCCUGUUCCUGUUUGGAGGGAUCGUCAUGACGCUGCUCGGCCUGUUGGCCCCUGUCUCCUUCCUGGGCCCGGCCUUCACCGUCAUGCUGGUGUACGUGUGGAGUAGAAGACAUCCGCUGGUCCGCGUGAACUUCUUCGGCCUGCUGAACUUCCGGGCGCCGCUGCUCCCCUGGGUGCUGGCGGGCUUCUCGCUGCUGCUCGGGAACUCCGUGGCGGUCGACCUGCUCGGUAUCAGCGUCGGCCACAUGUACUACUUCCUGGAGGACGUGUUUCCCAACCAGCCGGGAGGAAGGAAGCUGCUGACGACGCCAGAACUUCUACGGGCCUUGUUCGACCGGCCGGACGACCCCGACGACCCCGACGACCGUCUCCUGCGAGACGAGCAGCAGGGCGACGAUCUGCACGACUAGAAGACACAACGAUGAUCAGCUUGAAUCUGACGGGAAGCGAGUCGGAGGACGUGGAGCUCCGAGUCUCUGAGGACAACCGAGACGUCGAAUCCAAAUAUUCAACGAUGACAACGACUAAAGUCCUAAACAGGCUAAUGAAAAUAACUGAAACGCUGCGUUCUCGUCUGCACACGCUGCACUUCCUCCUUUGUGGGCCGGACAGAAUGGAAACCGCUGAGCACCACAACCCUUCAUCUUCAUCAUCAUCAUCGUCGUCAUGACAACAGCACAGCUGGUCAAGGUCCAGUCAGGAGUGAAGAAAAGGGAAGUCUGAGACACAAAUUGGCUUUUAAAUUAAGAAUCCAUUCACAAAUAUCCAAAACUGGAGGAGAAAGAUAUUCGGUGCAUAUCUAAUUGAUCAAUAUUGAAAAUCAAACUGUUUAAAUUAAAUAGUAAAUUACAUUAAAAAGUCUUUUUUUUCAGUUUUCUUCGUAAACUUAAUUUUUCUCAACAGAAAAACAUCAGUAAGA